AUGGAUUAUGAAGUGCCGCUGUUAGGCGCACACCAGACGAGCGGUGACGAAGAACACGAGCAGCAACAGCAGCAAGAGCUGCAGGUUCGUCAGCAGAGCUUAUCACUGUCCGAUCCAGAUUCCUCACGAGCCGCGGCGGUGUACAGUCGUCCCGGGGACUCCGCCGCCGCAUUUGGCGGCGAUUGGCGCGGAAAGCUCGCGGCUGUCGGGCAGCGCGUGCGCGCGUCGAGCGCGGAGCUGGGGAAGCGCUUCACGGAGGCCGCGACAGCUGUCGGAAGCCGAUUGGAGGAACAGGUUUCCGUUGUCGGCGAGCGCGUUAAAGACCUAGUUCUGCCGACCACGCAGGCGGAUAUAUUAGUAGACCGCGCCACGGCGGAGGAGCUGCUCGCUCCCCAUUGGUCCACCGUCCUGCAAAUCUCCCACCUCCUUCAGAACGGCCAUGUUCCCGGCGGCGACGUCGCACGGGCCCUGCGACGUCGCCUGGCGACGCGGGAUUCGCACGUGCAGCUCCUCGCUCUGGCGGUCGCGGAGUCGGUAGUCGGAAGCGCGCCGCAGGUUCUGGGGGACAUUGCGCGGGAAGGCGUGUUAGGAGACAUGGCGCGACUGGCGGUGGAGCCUAAGACGCAGGCGCGCGUCAGGGAGAAUGUUCUAAGACUGAUCGAAGCGUGGGCUGCGCCCAUGGAGGCGACGCGAUACUUCCCCGCGUUCGAAGAGACGUUUAGGCAAUGCGAUGCUCUCGCAGCGUUGAUGUGCUGCUGCUAA